CUUCACUUACACAGUAACACAAAAAAUGCUCACAGCCUUCCUUCAUUUUUAUGGUUCCAAAAUGUGCUAACACACUCAGUCGCUGUUUCUUCCCAAACCCCACUUCAACCCCACCUCUCUUUCUCUCUCGCUGAGCCCAGCUUUCCCUCUUCUUUUCCACCAUGGUGUUUUACAGACUGGGAUUUCUUCUGGGUUUUCUUGCUUUUAUUGGAGUGCAGCUAAUCCCUCUAACAAUAGCUGACUGUCCAUUGAAUUUAAGUGGAUCAAAUGCUACUCUAGUAGCCUCUUUGUGCUUGAAUAGAGAUGACAGAGGGAAAUGUUGCCGCUACAUAAAUGCUUUCGUUGCAGUAUCUAUUGCUCAGUAUGCAAAUGCAACAAGCAACUUAGGGGUGCCUUCAAAUUUAUCCAAUGCAUGCCUCGAUUUCAUAUCACAAACCUUAGAAUUGCAUGGAAUUCCCCAAAAUGCAACAGCUUUCUGUGGUUUGGGGACAAAAAUCCCAGUAAAUUAUGAGUGUAAGGGUCGAACAACUGUUACACAGAUGGUGCAGUCUCCGAAAUUCCCUGAUGUCGUGGAAAAUUGCAAAGUACCACUGUCAGGGGAAAGUAAUUGCAAGAAGUGUAUAAAUGCUGGCAUUGUAUAUCUUCAUAACCUAUUAGGAACUGAAAAUAACAUUACAUUCAGUACCUGCCGUGAUGCAACUUUUGCUGCAGUAGCAAGCCAAGUUGAUAAUGCUUCAGCUGUUGGCAUUGCAAGCUGUUUCUUUCAAGUCCAGGGGCUUAACAUCCUACCAGUUUCAGAGCCAUCACCAUCAUCCACCCCAAAGGCAUCUCCAAGUCCAUUGGUGGCUGCUAGCCCAAACCAACACUUGUCAGGUGUAGCCUUAAGUGAAAAACAUCAUCCCUACCAUCUGACCCUGGUUCCAGGUAUCGGCAUUGCAGUAACUGCUGUUGCCGUAAUGAUGCUUUUAGUCCUGAUAGUUCUUAUUCGUAAGAAAAGCAGAGAGCUAGUGGAUUUUGGAGAUAUAGAUAAGACAUCAAAAUCAUUUCCCCCACCUCGUCCUUUAAGGAAAUUUCAUGAAGGUCCUCCAUCUAUGUUUCAAAAAUUCAGCUACAAGGAGAUAAAGAAGGCGACAGACAAUUUCAAUACUACCAUUGGACAAGGGGGAUUUGGAACUGUUUACAAAGCUCACUUUAGUGAUGGUUUAGUAGCAGCAGUGAAGCGGAUGAACAAAGUUUCCGAGCAGGGGGAGCAUGAGUUCUGCAGAGAGAUAGUGCUUCUUGCCAGGUUGCAUCAUCGGCAUCUUGUUUCUCUUAGGGGCUUCUGCAUUGAGAAACAUGAGAGGUUUCUGAUGUAUGAGUACAUGGCAAAUGGUAGCCUGAAGGAUCAUCUUCAUUCUCCCAAUAGAACUCCUCUAAGUUGGCAGACUAGAGUUCAAAUUGCCAUUGAUGUGGCUAAUGCUCUGGAGUAUCUCCAUUUCUAUUGUGAUCCUCCUCUUUGCCAUAGAGAUAUCAAGUCCAGCAAUAUCUUACUGGAUGAAAAUUUUGUGGCCAAGGUUGCAGACUUUGGCCUUGUACAUGCAUCAAAAGAUGGUUCAGUUUUCUUUGAACCGGUAAAUACUGAUAUCCGGGGAACUCCAGAAUGUCGGAUAUCAUCAGGUUAUAUGGAUCCCGAGUAUGUCGUUACUCAGGAGUUAACAGAGAAAAGUGAUGUAUACAGCUAUGGUGUCCUAUUGUUGGAGGUAGUGACUGGGAGACGAGCGAUACAAGACAACAGGAAUUUGGUUGAAUGGUCACAAAAAUACAUGGAAUCGGAAUCAAGGGUACCUGAUUUAGUCGAUCCCAGUAUAAGGGACUCAUUUAACUUGGAUCAGCUUCAAACACUCAUUUCUGUUGUCAGCUGGUGCACCCAGAGAGAAGGCCAGGACAGGCCUUCAAUUAAACAGGUGCUUAGGCUUUUGUAUGAGAGUUCGGACCCGAUGCAUAGUGGAUUUAUAGCAUCUGUAGACGACGAAGAGUACGGAGAGACAGAAGGAAGAGGAAGGAACAGUAAAGGCAAGAUGCAUAGGAAUGACAUGAUCUGUCACAGUGGGGAUGGGAGAUAUCUGGCUUCUUCUUCAAGUACAUCCAGGUCAUAUUGUAGCAGAAGCUUCUUGCUUGAAACUGGGUCUCCACAAUCCCCGCCGAAUAUUUUUUCUGUUUGAUGCAUGCAUUCGUUUGCUGUAGUCACCGAAAAGGGGGGUCGCACUUGUGUAUGGAUGUUUGAAAUCACUAAAUCAGAUUUCCUUUUUCAAGAUUUGGUUCACCUCAACCUUUUCAGAAGCACAUCAAACAACUUCCUGGUGAUGGUAUGAGAAACCGUUUUUUGGCUGUUUUUGGGGAAGCAAAUUCAUGUUUGCUUUUAAUAUUGCUAUGAAGUUGCACAAUUUUGUAACCAGCAUUUAGAAAGGAAGCGAUAGAAGUUAAUGUUUUGAUGUAUAUAUACUUCCACAUAAUUCAAGGGUUUUUUUUGUGGUAAAAAGGUUUAGGAAGAUUUUACAAUUUAAACUCAAAUGAGAGUUUCGAGAAGACGCCAUACGCACCCUAACCCUAGUCUAGUCUUAGGUUUUGUGGGGGGUUUUUCCCUCGUCCGGUGGUGCCCCAACGUCAUGCUGGUUGUUGGCCUUGCGCGAUGUUGUGAGGUUUGAUGCCACCGGAGGGGUGAUUGUUUUCAGUGUUCGGGUUGUGGCUCUAUAGGAUUGCUGUGCUUGGAGGAAUGGUGGAGGGUGGUCGGCGUCGGGUUUUCCAGUACGAAAUAGUUUCGAGGCAAAUCAGGCAAUGGAGGUCAUGGGUCAAGUUCAAGGGACGGUGUAUGGCCGUUUGGGAUGGUUAUGGACCUACCAACAUCUUGUGGGAGGAAGUCCCGGUCUAUGCACUAUGUGCGCCUUUUUGUCCUAAUAAGGUGGCGAACCAUUUAUCUUGUCAUAUGGUCGUCUUGUGCAGUUUAUAUUUCUAUUUGUAGGUAUUCGAUUUUGAUUG